GUGGAUCAACGUGUAAAUUAUGUUCUGCACGGUAUAAAUCUGAACCUGGACAUCUGGAGAAUUGGAAGAAGCACUCUAAAUUAGCCGUCCGUAGACUAUUCAUUACGCCAUCCCGUUUUCACCAUUCGGACUUUGUGUAUUACAUGACAUUCGCCAUGAAACCUUCAUGGAGAUUGCUAGCAACAGCAACUGCGGGCAAUGGCUUGAAACCGGCGCAGAUGGCAUUGCUGCCACCGAUUCCCCUCUACCGACGUUUAUUCAGAGCUCAUCGCAAACAUUUAAAACACGAAAUGCGCUUGCUCGGCGACGAGUACAUCAAAGCCGAGUUCCGCGCUCAUAGAAAUAUCGAUAACCCGGCACAUCUAAUUGGGUUCCUCACGGAAUGGCAGCUAUAUGCUCAGAAGAUUGAGGGUGAAGCUUGGAUUGGCGAUAAGCUUGAUGAAGAGAAGAUCGCUAAGAUGAGUGAUCAGCAGAUGGGACAGCUUUAUGAGCUCAUGAAAGCCAUACAGAAGAGGAACGAGGAGGAAAACAAGUGAUGGUGGAUGUUAAGGAUUAGAUGUAUGUACAUCCAUGGAUAAGUCGGUGCUGUAACUUCAGCCCUAUGUCGCCGCUUUGGUAUUUGAUGCCUCCAUACGAGUCCAUAGAUUCCAGAGUUUGUAAGACUUUCGCUAUACUACUAGUAGUACGUCACGUGACUCGAUAAUUGUUCAAGUGGUACAGUACCUUUACAGUUUUACACAGU